AUGUCCGAAAAGACCCCAGAUAAACGGGAAUCCCGUCGAAAUCGCCGUCUCCGCUUGGCAUGUGCCCGUUGUCAGAAGCGGAAGAUCCGUUGUGAUGGCCAGUUUCCUACUUGUAAUAAUUGCAAAAAGGCCUCGGUUGUAUGCAGUGAUGGCGACAGUCUCCGUCUCGGCCAUGUGCCGUCAGAUGAUGAGGUCGUCGCUGGCUUGAAACAACGGAUAGCCACGCUGGAGGCAGCGCUUCAAGAACGAGGGAUUGAAGCAAGUGAUCCACUGAUUUCAGAGAAGGACCCAUCUUCUACACUACCGGUAUCAUCGACGCCUGCUCCUCGGUCCCAUGCACCUGCGUUUGGAAGCACCAGCAGCCCACUGUCGCAUGAAAUCGGGUUGGUAUCGGUUGGUAACAGCACCGCGCCACGAUAUAUUGGGCCAUCGAGUGGUUACUUCCUUGCUAGGUUGUUGAUGAAUACCUCGCGAAGUGGUAUAGGCGAGAAUGAUCGAGCAACCAAUCCUCUGGAUGGCCAAGGGCAAACUUCUCGUUCUGAAUUCACCCCCGAUCUUUUCGGCUCUCCCCACGACAACCAAACUCCCCUUCCCCACCAGAAGCACGCAAAGCAGCUAUGUGAUGCAUAUUUCAGCGCAGUUGGCUCACAGUAUCCGAUUCUGCAUCGUCCUUCGUUGAUGCAUAACCUCGAUCAACUGUAUGCCAAGGAUGGGACUGAUAACCAGCAAGAUAACAUCGUCGUUUUCCAGGUGUAUAUGGUAUUGGCCUUGGGUGCCACGGUCUUAUCACAUCGGCUUCAAGUUCCUCUUCCAGCGGACAAAUACUUCGCGACUGCGUUCAGUCGGUUUGAAAAAAUCAAUUCCACUCGCACAAACUCUUUACCAGGCUUACAGUGUCUACUUCUGUUGCUCGUAUUUACAAUGCACAACCCCCAUGUUAAAUUGAAUAUUUGGUAUCUCAACUACCAGUGCAUUGCUGCCACACUGGACUUGGGCCUUCAGAGAAGCAUAUUGGCAAGUAACGCGAUGUCCUUGUUGGAGCAGGAAAUGCGGACUAGGGUCUUCUGGGUUGUUUUUAUGCUUGACCGAACGAUUGCUACCAUCAUGGGCCGCCCAAUAGGUGUUAGAGACGAAGCCUGUGAAUUAAGAUACCCCCAACUUAUUGAAGACGAGAAUUUGCUCGGUAAUCAGCCAUUGAACGGCGACAACAGCAACCAAGGUCUGAACUACCUGCCAUUCUCCGUCCAUCUCUUUAAACUAGCCCGUCUGAACUCGGAAAUCAAAUACGUGGCCAAUAGUAUAGUGAGAGACACUCCUGUUUAUGCCUACCCUCCUCCAACGAACAUAAACGAUUGGCAGGCUGGCAUGAUCCGACAGCUUGAUGAUUGGGCCGAGAGCAUCCCUACAACGGCGGACGAGAGAGGAUAUAUGAAAACUACGUGCGAGAUACGUUGCAAUUCUCUGAUGAUGCUACUCUUGAGGCCUAGCCCGGCGCUCCCAAACCCAACCAUUCAAUCACUCAGACGAUGCUACACUGCUUGCCAAGACUGCAUCCGCCUUUUCAAUCGUUUGUACCGCGAUGAUCUCCUGGUUUACAGUUGGGUUACUUUCCAUUCUUUGCUCCUCAGCAUCGUCACCAUGCUCUAUUGUGUCCGUGCUGCCCCGAGCAUUGCCGCCACAACUGAGCCAGAGAGGUUCAUGAGCGAUGUUUAUGCUGGUCUCAAUAUUCUUAGCGCUGCUGGAGAGUACUGGCCCGGGGCGAAGAGAAGCCGCAACGUAUUGGACGACCUGGCACAAGAUGUUCUUCGAUGGGUAAAAGAAGUCAAAAAAGCACAAGAUCUCGCAGGCAGCAUGACACUAGACGCCGAUUUACAGGGCGCGAUGCCUGGUGAGGUGGCAGCAGCCUCCCAACCUACCUCGACAACGCAAGUGUUCGGAAACGAGGCCACCGACAAUGUCCUGAAUUCUGUUCCAACAGAUGUGGAAAUUGCGUAUAUGGAUCAACCCGAUUCCAUAAUGACGGGAGGCGCGGAGGACUGGUGGGGUGUAUCAUCAAUGGAACAGUUCGACAACAUCGAUAGCAUCAUGCACAACUUCUUCACGGAUUUUAGCCCAACUUCUGGAAUUAUGUAA